ACCCUAACCCGCCAAUAAAUACCACAACACAAAGCAGAGAGCCACCACCACGGCCUUCGCCUCCAACAAACAGCUCAAGGACACGCCCGCCCUACCAUCCCAAGCCCCUUUCGACUGGUGUGGCAGAUAUGGAUCGGUAUCAGAAGGUAGAGAAGCCGAAGACAGAGACACCCAUAAAUGAGAAUGAGUUGAGGAUUACAGCUCAGGGAAGGAUGAGAAACUAUAUCUCCUAUGCAAUUUCUCUGCUUCAGGAGAAAGGUGCCCAUGAGAUUGUCCUCAAAGCUACAGGUAGAGCUAUUAAUAAGACUGUGAUGAUUGCUGAACUAAUCAAGAGAAGGAUUUUUGGUCUUCAUCAAAACACGUCAACUGGAUCAAUUGACAUAACUGACACAUGGGAACCACUAGAAGAAGGCCUUCUUCCCCUAGAGACCACUCGCCAUGUUUCAAUAAUCAUAAUUACUUUGUCUAAAAAAGAGUUGGAUGCAUCGUCCAUUGGAUAUCAACCACCAAUUCCAGCAGAUCAAGUGAAGCCAUCAACCGAGUUUGAGGAGAAUGAUGGAGGAUAUAACAAUGGUGUAGCAGAGCAUAGGAAUGGAGGUUGGGAUGGUGGGCGUGGAUAUGGAGGUCGUGGUAGGGGUCGUGGAAGGAGCCGUAGUUUCCGUGGGCGUGGGAGGGGGUAUGGUGGUGGGAAUAUGCAACGGGACUCAGGAUAUUACAAUGGUAAUGGUGCAUUAGGACCAAUCCCUAGUCAGGGCCAGGGCCAGGGCCGUGGUCGUGGACGUGGACGGGGAAGGGCCAGGGGUCGUGGUCAAGGUUUUAGAUCCAAUGGUCCGGUUGAGCAAACUGCAUGAGUCUGGUUUCUGCACUACUAGCUAGGGUUUCAAGUUUGAAAAGAACAAUUAGGGUGCCAUUUCUAUGUUGGCAGAAAUGGAUAUUUUUGCCUCAGAUUUUAUGGUUUGAAUUGGAAAAAUUUUGAAUGUACUCUAGUUUCUUUAGUCUAUUUUUAUGUUAGGUGAUGUAUCUUUUUAGUCCUUUGUCGUAGAUGAUAUGUUUUCUAAAUCAUAGAGCAGACCGUUGAAUAAUUCUCAACUAUUUAAGUUUAUAUAAUUAAAGAACUAUUUAA